CGUGGAAGGAUCGGGAUGCUGUUUGUUGUGCUCAGCUCCCAGUUCCUGAGUGCCUACAGGUUUCUGUGCGAUAUCGGUACGAGGGAAGUGCUCGCUCCGAGCAGCGUGCGGGGAACUGCGGGCACUCGUGUGUGUGGAAACCCAACACUUAAGGAGCCCUCGUCCGUGGGGUGCUGUUUCAGUCCCCGGGGACGGCCGCGGAGCAGAGAUGCUGUCAGCGAACAGCUGGAAACGGGAAGGGACGUUCUCCCGGGCACCGCCCCCGCAGCGGGACCCGCCCCGACACCGCCGUUGCUGGGCAACCGCCGUUGCUGGGCAACCGCCGUUGCUGGGCAACCGCCGUUGCUGGGCAACCGCCGUUGCUGGGCAACCGCCGUUGCUGGGCAACCGCCGUUGCUGGGCAACCGCCGUUGCUGGGCAACCGCCGUUGCUGGGCAACCGCCGUUGCUGGGCAACCGCCGCCGCGCUCCCGGCGUGCUCCGCGCCGCGCUCGGGCCUGUGGCGGGGGCGCGCCCGCCGCCAUCUCGUGCGCGCGGCCUGGACAUGGAUGCAGAUGAUACAGGAAAUCGACUUCGAUUCCAGCUGGAGUUGGAGUUUGUUCAAUGUCUGGCAAAUCCAAAUUACCUCAACUUUCUUGCACAAAGAGGCUACUUCAAAGACAAAGCUUUUGUAAAUUAUCUUAAAUAUUUACUUUAUUGGAAAGAACCUGAAUAUGCAAAAUACCUGAAGUAUCCUCAGUGUUUGCAUAUGUUAGAGCUGCUCCAGUAUGAACAUUUCCGCAAAGAACUGGUCAAUGCUCAGUGUGCCAAAUUUAUUGAUGAGCAACAGAUCCUCCACUGGCAGCACUAUUCCCGGAAAAGGAUGCGCCUCCAGCAGGCACUGGCUGAGCAGCAGCAGCAAAAUAACACCUCUGUAAAAUGAAAAGCACGUGGAGUAGUCAUGAUAAGGUGUACUUUGUGUCAGUGAACUAUUUACAGGAGAGGAAUGAACCCUUGUGUAGGUUUGGCUCUGGAUGUGUGUCCCUUUAAUUUGGAUUUAUCAAAUGACUGGAGUUGUUUUUGUUUCAUCAGCGCCUUUAGAGACUAAUAAACACCUAAUGCAAUUUA